GCUCCAUUGCUCCUCUGCAACUAACUUCACUGGCCUCAUAUUUUUUUCUUCGUUUUUCUCUCACUUUCUCUCUCGUUUUCCUGUCUCCCAAACAGAUCAGUUUUUGAAUUUGGUGGAGGAAUAGGAGAGGGAGGGGGGAGAUUUGGAUAAAAUGAAGAGAUUGAAGAGCUAUUAUUUGCAUCUGAGGCAGCCACAAACUAUGAAGAGGAAAUGGAUCUUUCCGUUAGCGAUUGGGACUGUUGUUUCUCUGUUUCUCCUCUUUCUCACAACCCUAACAUCGCCGGAGGGAGUGCCGCUCUUCCCAUUCUACCGCUCCGCUACCGCCCGCGCCUCUGUUUUUGUGGAAUCAAAGCUGCAUCCAAUCUCCACGUCAUCUAUUCCUCCGCCACCGCGGUUCGCGUAUCUCAUUUCCGGCUCUACCGGCGACGGCGACAUGCUCAAGCGCACUUUACAAGCCCUCUACCAUCCUCGCAACUCCUACGUCGUACACUUGGACCUCGAAUCUUCGCCAGAAGAGCGGCUUGAUCUGCAAAAUUAUGUGAAAAGCCAACCGCUUUUCGCGAAAUUCGGGAAUGUGAGGAUGAUCACCAAGGCCAAUCUUGUUACAUACCGAGGACCGACAAUGGUGGCGAAUACGCUUCACGCGGCGGCUAUAUUGCUGAGAGAAGGAGGCGAUUGGGAUUGGUUCAUCAAUCUGAGCGCUUCAGAUUAUCCGCUUGUGACUCAGGAUGAUCUGCUGCACGCAUUUUCCUAUUUGCCGCGAGAUCUCAAUUUCCUUGAUCAUACCAGUAACAUUGGGUGGAAGGAAUAUCAGCGGGCAAAGCCGAUAAUUAUAGAUCCGGGUUUGUACAUGACAAAGAAAGCUGAUGUCUUCUGGGUUACACAGAGAAGAAGUGUGCCAACAGCGUUCAAACUUUUUACAGGUUCUGCCUGGAUGGCACUUUCUCGCCCUUUCGUUGAUUAUUGCAUAUGGGGAUGGGACAAUCUACCCCGAACCGUCCUCAUGUACUAUGCAAACUUCUUAUCCUCCCCAGAAGGCUACUUCCAUACUGUCAUGUGUAAUGCUCAAGAGUUCCGCAACACCACUGUUAACCACGACCUCCAUUUCAUAUCAUGGGACAACCCUCCCAAGCAGCACCCCCACAUCCUUACCAUUGCUGACAUGCCAAGGAUGAUAGAAAGUAAUGCACCUUUUGCAAGAAAAUUCCGCCAUGAUGAUCCUGUUCUUGAUAAGAUAGAUGCUAAUUUAUUGGGUCGGGGACAAGGCAUGUUUGUGCCUGGUGGCUGGUGCAUUGGCAGCAGGAAAAAUGGAUCUGAUCCAUGCUCUGUUGCGGGUAAUUCGACAAUCCUAAGACCUGGCACUGGUGCAAAAAGGCUGGAAAAUCUUAUCAGCUCCCUACUAUCACAGGAGAAUUUCCGACCAAGGCAGUGUAAGUAACAGGAACCCACGUUAGAGGCUCUCCGCGGCCAUCAGGUUAGUUUAUAUCAGAUGGUGGAAUCUCAAUAUAAGUAAUUAGCAUUUCUCAAAUUAGGAAAGAAAGUGCGGAAACCAUACACAAUCUCAACUGUUCGGUAUAGUAGCAUGGAUGAGAAGACUUCAGUGGGAGGAAGUGAAUUUACAGAGCUGGAACCAUCUCCUGUCGUAAUAACAUGGUAUACACAAUCAAGCCCUUCCUUCUUUUAUCCAUGAAACCCAAAUUUUCCCUUUCGCUUUCUCCUGUAUUCCACUCCACAACACUCAUCUGUCCUCUCCACGGGUGGAGCUUUUGACAAAUGAACAUUACAAAAAAGGGAAAAAAAAUGAAUGAAAAUUUUUAUGUGAUGCCAUGUACCUGACUUAUUUCAUUUCCCACAUUUGGGUAUGGGGACCCUGUCAUUCGGAUAAGAAAUUCUUAUGUUUCUUUCAAUGUGCAUUCAUUCGGUAAAA